AUGAGCUCCGCCUCCCUCAAAAGCCGGUCCUCGAAGCUCGGCCUGAGCUCGGCUGCCCCGUCGGGUGGCCAGAGUCUGCUCCUUGAAAAGGUCAACGCACGAACAUCGACGCCCGACUCCGAGGCCUUGGCAAGCUCCGACGACGAGGCCGAAACUCGGCCUGAUAAUUCUCAAACAUCCUUCAUCUCACACCCUCAUAAACCCGUUCGCCGCUCGUCGUGGCUGAACGACACGUCGCAGCCACUUGCCCGCCCCCGCAAGGGCUCGUUCGCAAGCAGCUCCUUGUCUCCAACAGGUUCUCACCCCGGUACCCCAUCCGCCGAGGUCGCGAGCGGACCAUGGGGGUCUCACUCCGCCUCGUCUGUGACGAACCGCACCUCCGGUCCGUCUACGUUCGCCUGGGGGACCGGCAUUUGGAACGACCGCAAGGAUGUCCACUCGAGGUUCGGCGAAGUUCUCCCGUCACCUGCCUCCGCUCUUUCAUCCGGGGACUGCGGCAACGCCGUCGUUGGACCCGACGGCACCUUCGCCCAGGCGUCAGCACCGUCUCGUGAGCCUGGCAUGAACCCACAAAUACCGUUUGCCAUUCCACUCCACCCGACCCCCAAGACGUACCGCUCCCAGUCGUACUCGGUUGGGCAGCUGGACCCGGAGAAUGCCCCUCCAAGCACGAUGAGCUCGUCGGCCAUCCUCGGCCGAGCUCGACAUCCUGGCCUGCAGCAUCGACCCUCGCGGCCGAGCAUGCUCAGCGAAAUGUCCAACGAUGGUUCCAUGCUCGGCAACGUCAAAGAAGUCGACGACGACGACGACGAGAGCGCAACGGACUCGCUCCGGGGCUCGUUCCAUCAAAUGUCCGACUCGAAGACUAUCGAGUUCCUCACACGCGAGAACGCCAUGCUCCGCCAGCAGCAGCAAGCCCAGCAGCAAGCCCAGCAGCAAGCCCAGCAGCAAGCUCAGCAGCAAGCUCAGCAGCAAGCUCAGCAGCAAGCUCAGCAGCAAGCCCAGCAGCAGUACAACGCCCGGCUGCGGCCACGAGCUUCCACCGGGGCGACCUAUCUCGGCAACGGCUACUCCCUGCAAGAAACAGUUCCCGAGGAGUCUGAUUAUGCCGUUGAUGAGCUUGACGAGGCGAACGAGUUCGGCGAUGCGUACGCGAGACGCUCCGCGGGUCGUCGAAUGAGCGAAUACGGCGGCAGCACCUAUCGAGCACCUCUCGAUCGCAAAGUGGACAACAUGAACCUAAAGAAAGCGUUAUGGUCCAGCACGCCUGCUUACUUUGCCGGCGACAUAUCUCAGAGCAGACGUCACUCGUUUGCGAAUAUGCCCACACGUCAAGGCUCCAUCAGCUCCGUCGCCGACAGUGCCUCGGUGCUCGAUGCGAAUUUCCAAGAUGGCCAGUCGUCACCAGCAAUUUCGGGCGGCUUUUCGGAUGGCCAGGCCUUCUCCACCUCUUCCAAUCCGUCGGCCAUGUACUCUGCCGGGUCACAUUCGAUGCAGCAAGCCUUUGGUAGCCCGUACGCCGCAGCCUCGUUCGGCCUUCAGAACCAGUUCCAGAACAGGCCCCCAUCUCCCCAUCGCGGUAUUUACGGCAUGGCCCAGCCGCGCCUCAAUCAACUCCUCCAUGUCGUUCUCUUCAAGUGCGCCAGGGCCGACGUCUUCUACAUCCAGGAGGGCACUGGCUUGGCUGUCAAGCCCGGCGACCUUGUCAUCGUCGAAGCCGACCGCGGCACCGAUCUUGGCACCGUGGCCAAGGAAAACGUCGACUGGCAAACGGCCAAAGACUUGAAAGAGCAUUACGCGGAAGAACAUUACAAAUGGCUCAUGAUGUACUCGCAGGGCGCCGCUGCAGCGCAGGAGGGGUCCGCCGGUGCCGGCCUCAUGGCUUCAUCUGGUGGACUUCAACAAAGCGCCAUCGGCGGAAUGGGUCCAUCCAACCAGCAUCACAUGCAAGAACCGAAUACCGCAGAGCUUCGCCCGAAGCUCAUCAAACGGCUCGCCCAGAACCACGAGGUUCAUGCGUUGCGCGACAAGGAGGGCCAGGAGGCCAAGGCAAAGCGCGUCUGCAUGCAAAAGGUCAAAGAGCACGGUUUGAACAUGGAGAUUCUCGAUGCCGAAUUUCAAAUGGACUGGAAGAAGCUCACGUUCUACUAUUUUGCCGACUCUUACAUCAACUUCAACUCCCUUGUCACCGAUCUCUUCAAGAUCUACAAGACGAGGAUCUGGAUGUCGGCGAUCAACCCUGCUUCGUUUGCCAGCCCAACGUUGGGCAUCCAAGCCCCCAGCGGCAUUGGUCCUGGCGCCGUCGGUGUGGGGCGGACUUCAAGCAGUGGAGAGCGCCGCCAGAGCCAACAAUCUCAGGAGCAGCAGCAGCCAUCAACGUUUACCCAGCCAUCACAGCCCACACGAGCGUUCCGGCCGGCCUUCAAGCAAUCCUCGGGGAGCGACAGACAAUUCCCGGGAUAUCCGGCGUCGAACUAUGCAUACGGGGCAGGUGGUGCGUUCGGGAACAGUCGAGGCAACGCAGGCUACACUCCUAGCCUCUCUCCGGGUCUCGACGGACUUUCCAGUGCUGGAUACCAACAGCUAGGCGAAUUUCAGUCGAUGCGUCACCGCUUCCCUGGCUCGCAGACAGUGCCCAGCCCUGGACCCAUUGGUCAAGGUGUAUCGCCGAUGACCUCGCAGAAUGACUGGACCACUUCAUUCCAUGGUCUCUCCCUGAACACCCAAUAA